CGAGGGAAUCCAAGGAGCCAUUAGCGUCUUUUCAUUACACUCCGUGCAAUUACUAGCCACAAAGAGAUAUAGGUAUAAGAGAAAUUCAUUCUCACUUGCUCACUCACUAACUCCAUUGCAGGGGAAAGAAAGAAGAGAAGAUUUGUUAGGAAGCGGCCAUGCAAGGGAUGCAAUACAAGAGUUCGAUGGCGGCCGCGGGGGAAGAUUCUGCCAUGCAAAAGAUCCAGAGGCUUACGUCGGAGAACGCAGUGGUGAUUAUGAGUAGGACGUCGUGUUGCAUGUGCCAUGUGGUGAAGAGGCUCUUGUGCGGCUUGGGAGUCAAUCCCACCGUCUGUGAAUUGGACGAGGAGGGAGCAGAGAUGGAGAUGGAGAAAGUUCUGGUUACAAUGGUGGGUCUCAAUCCUCCCGUCCCUGCCGUCUUUGUUGGAGGUUCUCUCAUCGGUGGCUUGGACCGCCUCAUGGCCAUGCACAUUUCUGGCGACUUGGUGCCCAAGCUCAAACAAGCCGGUGCCCUAUGGCUCUAGUCAUCUUCCUUCCUCUUUCCUCUCUUCUCUUUUGCUUUCUUCUUCUGUAAAUAUAUAUCAUGAAGAAUAAGAUAUAAUGGCUUUAAUGCAGUUUUUUUUCAAACAAUGACGGCAUUUGUGUUCUUAUGUAGCAGAUUAUAACAAGACGAGUAAGUAUACAUCUAAAUCAGUAUUUGGUUUUAA